AUCGUCGCGAGUGGGAAGAAAUCGGGGAGCUCGAGCGCCAAGGCCCAAGAGUGAUGGUCACUGAUCAUUGAUUGCUCCAGCAAUCUCGAGAGAAUCACCGGCAUUUUUUAAGAAUUUCGGCAGGAGAGAGGGUUUUUUUUUCCUCUAUGGGGAGAUAGGGAAGAACAGUGGAGAGCUCCAGGGGAGGGGAUUGGUCCUAGAGAACAGAUCUAGCGAUGGGAGAGUUGGAGGCAGGGUUUGCAAAGCUCCAAGGCGAAGAUUUCGAGUACUACAUGCAGACUUACUCGAUCAUCCUGGGGAGGAACAGCAAGAAGUCGACAGUGGAUGUGGAUCUGGCUAGCAUGGGCGGGGGCAUGAACAUCUCCCGGCAGCACGCACGGAUUUACUACGACUUUGGCAGGAAGAGAUUCGCGCUGGAGGUGCUUAGCAAGAAUGGGUGCUACGUCGAGGGCGUCUUGUAUCUCCGCGGCACCUCCCACGUCAAGCUCGACUCCCAGGACUUGCUCCAGAUUGGCGAGAAGAAGUUCUACUUCUUGCUACCCACGAAGCAGAUCUCCAUCGCCAAGCCCACUCCUCCUCCGCCUCCUCUCACGACGAUGGUGGCUCCGGCUCCCAUUGCUCUGGCGGCUCCCGGAGGAGGAUCUAGCGGCAAGAAGCGGUCGAAGCAAUCCAAGGCGGAAGAUGGCUCUUCUCGAAAAGAAUCGAAGAAGAGGAAAUCGGCUGGAGGGGAGGCAGCGGCACUUUCAGCAGCAGCAGCGAUGCAGGCAGGACUUUCGAUCGCCAGUGGAAGCAGCGGUGGAAAUGGCGUGUAUCCUCAUCCUCACUCGACGCCACCACCCUCUGGGGGUCCUGCCUAUUCAUCCGAGAAACCACCUCCUUACACUUCGGCCGAGGAGAGGGAGGUUGUAGCGGCCAUUGGCUCCGUGCUGUCUGACCUCUGCGGCCCUGGCGAGUGGAUGCCAAUCGUGGAGCUGUUUAACGAGCUGCAUGCUCCGGAGCACUACUCAAGCAUUUGCUCCCCAGCAAAGGUGUGGAAAGUUGUGGAGGUGAAGACGGAGGAAGAUGGAGCAAGGCCAUGGGACGGGCUGCUUGGACUCCUCCGGAGAUACCCGGAGCACUUCAUCAUCAAUAUCAAGACCAAAGGGCGCCAGUCGGCAGAAUAUGUGUCUCUUGUGUCCUUGGUUUCGUAAAAAUUCAGGGGAAACCAGAAACUGGAAUAACCACUUACCUGUAAACAGAGCAUACUUCUAUUUUAUUCGUUCCAAAAAUAAAUACAGUAAUCAUUUAGGAA